AUGAGUGCUUUGGCUGUGCGUAAGAAAGUUCUCAUAAAUGUUUACAAAUCCCCUAAUUACUCAGGCCUAUGGGGUAAUGUGGGUAACGAGACAGGAUUUGUGAAAGUGAUUUUGUAUGUUGACAAUACUCUUGAAUUGAGAUAUGUGAAUGUAAAUGAACGGUGUCGUUCGUCUUCUAUAAAUAUACCCUCUCUCACACUUCGUCUCCAACUUAUUAUUUCUGCAUCGAAACGUUCCCUUCAUACAUCUUCAUCUCCUGUUUCCAGAAAUUUCUGUUCCAGGGAUGCCAAGCAAUGCCAACCUGAGAAUUCAUUGGGAUUGCGAUUUGGAUCAGCCAAGGAUGUUAAAGGGUGGGAGGAUGCAAGGUGCCCCAUCUGCAUGGAACACCCGCACAAUGCGGAAAUUCAUUUGCAAAACACGACCUCUAUUUCUCGUAGUUGGAGGGAUCCGGCACCUUUUCAUGAUCAGGCAGGGGCUGACGGUGGCUUGCAGCCAAAGCUUGUUUGCCCUCUCUGUCGAGGGGAGAUUUAUGGCUGGAGUGUAGUAGAACCUGCUCGACAGUUUAUGAAUUCUAAAGCCAGGAAUUGUUCUUCUGAGACAUGUGAUUUUAGUGGGACUUAUGGUGAACUCAGGAAGCAUGCUAGGUCUGAACAUCCUUUGGUCCGACCAAGGGAAGUGGACACGGAACGACAGCGUGAUUGGACAAGGUUGGAGCGUGAAAGGGAUUAUGAGGACAUGCUUAGCUCAAUCCAACAAGUUGUUAGGGCAGAUUGCGAUGGAGAAAACAUUCCAGAUCUCGAUGACUUUCGUUCUUGGUUGACUCUAAAUCUUGCAUACUUGACACUUGCACUUGAGUUAAUCAGUGAUCCAGGAAGAACAGAACGAGUAGAAUAUGGGAGACCAGGAGUUAGUAUGUCUAGUUUCGUGCAAGAAACUAACCGUGCUAAUAGGGAGCACAAUAGUUCUGUACCAGAUGGAGGUCUCCUUGGCCACCGCAACAGUUCUUCACUAGGAGAGAGAUUUCAAGGUAGACACCGCAGCUCACAGGGCAUGCUCCUGCCGAGGCAUCAUAGUUCAACAUCGGAGAGCAAUUUCCAAGGAAGGCGCCAGAGUUCACAAGCAGACAGAACACGUCGUGGUCAAGGAUUGUUAUGGCGAGCACAGGGUUCAGAUACAAUCAAUAAUAGGCAGCAAUAGGAGCACCUUGUUGAUGUGGUUCUGAAGGCAGAUAAAAUUUUUGUGUGCUUGGUUGUAAUGGUGGAAGCGAAAGCAGGAGGCAAGGGUUAUAGUUAAGGUGGAUGAAGUCAUGUUAGAUUUGGAAGUGAAAAUGCAGUCAUUAUUGUCGUCUUUUCUUUCUCAUCGAAUCAAUGGCUAAUGUAAAGAAUGUGAAUUUUCUCAGUGGAAAUGUUACUCAGUUUUGAAA